UUGGUACGUUCCAUCAACGUUAUGAAUUCGAGCACAAAACAUUUGCUGCAUUGUGCAUUGCUGAUAUCAGUAAUAUUUGGAUUUGAAAUAUUUUCCGGAGGAAUAAAAAUCGACGAGAAUUCAUUUACUGUUCUAGACCCUUGGGUGGAAUAUGGUCAAUUCGCCACAGUUCUCCUUUACUUGCUGCGCUUUCUAACGUUCCUCACACUACCACAAGUCCUGUUCAAUUUUUGUGGUUUAGUCUUUUACAAUGCUUUUCCCGAAAAAGUUGUGCUCAAAGGCAGCCCUUUACUGGCACCCUUUAUUUGCAUUCGCGUAGUAACCAGGGGCGACUUUCCAGAUUUGGUCAAGAGCAAUGUAUUGAGGAACAUGAAUACUUGCUUGGACACGGGUCUUGAGAACUUCCUAAUCGAAGUGGUGACGGAUAAGGCCGUUCACUUGGCCCACCAUAGACGUAUAAGAGAAAUUGUUGUGCCAAAGGAGUACAAAACGAGAACCGGGGCGUUAUUCAAGUCAAGGGCCCUGCAAUAUUGCCUUGAGGAUAACGUAAAUGUCUUAAAUGAUAACGACUGGAUAGUUCAUUUAGACGAAGAGACAUUGUUAACCGAGAAUUCUGUGCGCGGCAUCAUAAAUUUUGUUCUCGACGGAAAACACCCCUUUGGUCAAGGCUUGAUUACCUACGCAAAUGAAAAUGUUGUUAACUGGCUUACAACGCUGGCAGAUAGUUUUCGGGUCUCCGAUGAUAUGGGUAAGCUGCGAUUGCAAUUCAAGCUGUUUCACAAACCUCUGUUCAGCUGGAAGGGAAGCUACGUGGUUACGCAGGUGGGUGCCGAAAGACAGGUAUCUUUUGAUAAUGGGAUUGACGGAUCUGUGGCUGAGGACUGUUUCUUUGCAAUGCGCGCUUUCGCACAAGGAUUUACAUUUAACUUCAUUGAAGGAGAAAUGUACGAAAAGUCACCAUUUACUCUGCUAGAUUUCUUACAACAACGCAAACGUUGGCUUCAAGGCAUUCUUCUGGUGGUCCACUCUAAGAUGAUUCCUUUGCGACAUAAACUGUUGCUUGGAAUAAGCGUUUACUCGUGGGUGACAAUGCCGCUGUCUACAUCGAACAUUCUAUUUGCCGGCUUGUACCCGAUACCAUGCCCAAAUAUUGUAGACUUUGUGUGUGCCUUCAUUGCAGCCGUCAAUAUAUAUAUGUAUGUCUUCGGCGUUAUUAAGUCAUUCUCGCUAUAUCGGUUUGGUUUGGUGAAAUUUCUGGCGUGUGUUCUGGGAGCUGUUUGCACGAUUCCAGUCAAUGUAGUUAUCGAAAAUGUUGCGGUUAUUUGGGGAUUGGUGGGCAAGAAGCAUAAAUUUUAUGUGGUGCAAAAGGACGUGCGAGCGUUGGAAUCCGUUGUAGUUUAG